ACAGUUAAAAACUCGGAAGACUGAAAUUAUAAAAUGUUUGUACGUGCGUGAGUGCGAACUGUGUUUAUAUUAUACUGUAAUCGGUGUGUAGACGAUAGGCUAUAGUCAUAAAAUGGCGUUAUUCCAGUUAAUCUAUUAACAAACAUAGCUGAAAUUGAUUUCUUCUCAUUUUAUUUUGAUUAUGUAUUCAUGAUUGUAAAUUAUCGAUUACUUACAAAUUAGUGAAUAAAUCAAUUACUUUAUUUUGUUUAUUAUUUACAUUAACCGGUUGCUAACAACAAUUUUACGAUUUAAUUUUCAGGUAAAUUUGUUGAUCAAUUCUUAAUUAUUUUAUUUAAAUGAUAUGGACGUUGUUGAAGUUAAAGAUUUCCAAUGCCACUCUGACGGAGAGGAAGUUGUUAUACUAGAUCUUGAUAAGGUAAAUAAUGUUGACACGCAAGAAGUUGAAGAAGUCCCGUCAAAUAAUAUUAAUGGAGAAAACUCUGUAGUAAAUACAAAUGGGGUUGAAAUAGUAGAAAUUAUUAAUAAAUUGCAGGAAAAUAAUCAGUGUAGUGGAAUAGUUGAUACUUCUACUAGUGCUAUUACUGUAGAUCUAUCUGAUGUUGCUCAAAAUGAUAGUGCUAACAAUGUUGCUGUUGGAGAAAAUAAUAUAUGUGAAGUGCCUUAUGAUGCUCCUUGUACCAAUACUACCUUGAAUGAAAAUGGUCAUAUGGAUGAACUUAGUAAUAUUGAUAAAUCGAACAUUCUAGAAAAUCAAGAAAACAUAAAAAAUGAUUCAAUAAAAAUAGAGUGUAAGACUGAUAAAAUUGAUGAAACUAAUAAUAUAGAAGACGAAAUUGUAAAUGCAGAAGAUAAAACUAUAAACAUUGAAGACAAAACAAAAAAUUUAGAAGAUAAAAUUAUAAACAUUGAAGACAAAACAAAAACUGUUGAAGAUAAAACUAUAAACAUUGAAGACAAAACAAAAAAUGUAGAAGACCAAACUAAAACUCAAGAUAAUAAACCAAAAAUUUCGAUAACUAUUCCUCCCCAUAUUGCUGGACGAGAUGUUUCGUCUCUUACUGAAGAAAAACUACCACGUUCAGGUAAAAGAAUGCUGAAACCUAGAUUUGGUGUAAAGGUACCUUACAUACAUAUGACUAGCCAAAUUGUAACUCAAGAUGAAAUUGCUAAGGAAUUAUUUGAAAGAUUUCAACAAAAGUAUCCAAUGACUAGAGUUGAAAAACCAGAUAAACUUUUUUCAAUGAAAUUAACUCAUAGGUUAGCUAAUAAAAUUUCACCAUUAAAAUCUCCAGAUGGAAAACUUAAAGAACCUUUAAAAAAAAAUAACAGUGAUUUAAAAAAUGUCAAAGAUUCCAUAGAACAGACAUUAAUCUCUAGUAAACCAAAUAAUUCGAUGAAUACCAAGGGAAAUGAUCAAACUAUUUUAAAUAACGAUUCAUGUGAUGACUUGCUAGUAGCCUCCUGUAAUAUAAAUAGUACCCAACAAAUUGAUCAAAUUACAAAUACUCUUAAAAACUUAGAGCAAUCUGAAGAAUCCAAUCCAAAUAUAUCUGAUGAUAAAAACGAUGGGAAAAUUUCAUCUAACGAGGAAUUAAUUGCAAUACUUGAAGAUUUUGAAACCAUAGAAUCAGCUGACACUAACGGUAAUAAGGUUUCAGAUUCAAAACAACUAGUUAAAUGUCCUAUUAAAAGAAAAAUUUUGAGAAAUAAUUCUAGAUCUAAAAGAUCGAAACCAAAACUAGACCCUGAAAUUGAGAAACAAAUUGCUUUGAAACAACUAGAGGAAGUUUCUAGACCAAAACGUUUUGAUUCUCAUUUUGUAAAAAAGAAAGUAGACAAUGAUAAAAAAAUUAUAGCCAAAAAUGAUACAAAUUCUGUUCAAAAACGAAAAAAACCUUCUUCUGGUGAUGUACCAGAAGUUAAAAUUGCUAUUGAUCAUUACAUAAAGUCAUAUACAGAUAAACGCCAAUCCAAUAUUAAAGCUGAACUGGCUGAAAAUGAAGAAACAGAAACUGAAAUUGAAAAUAGUGAUGAUGUUGAAGUAGAAAAUUCUACAACUCCCACUAAUAAUGUGACUAAAGCUAGAACUAUGAGAGAAAUUAACCGUCUUCUAGGUGAUGAAGGUGCAAUAAAUAUGAUUUAUUCUCUUGAAAAAAGAAGAACCCCAGGUAAUAAUAAUUUGAAAAAUGUGCUUCCAUCUACAAGACGUAAGAAGAAAGAUUUAAUGCUGAAAACUAAACUAGUAAAAAAUGCUAUGUUAAAAAUGAGUUCACCUAAUAAUUCAUCUAUAUCAAGUAAUCGUUUAAUUAGACGCUCAGAUGUAACUCCAACUAUUUCUCCCGAAGAAAAAAUGAGUAGAAAAAUGUCAGUUGAUUCACAAGGAUCUGAUCAAUCGACACAUUUUUCUGGUAGAAAAGCAAUUCCUGCUGAUGAAUCAAAAAUUAUUAGAAAACAUUCAUCUAGUAGUGAAGCAUCUAGUAUUGGGAUUAGUCCACUAUUUCCAGUCCCUGAAGCUAUUCCUAUUCCAAAUAUAACUUCAAAGCAUAUACCAGUGAAAGCAUUACGUGUAUAUACUAGAAAAAAUAAAAAUUCUGAUGAUUCAUUUAUUAUUGAUGAUAUAACUUCUCUCAAUGAAUUAAACAGUAAACCAAAUAAAUGUACUACUAGAUCUAAAAAUAGCAAUCAAAAAGCAAAAAAAGAUUCUUUACAAACAGCAGCAAAAUUAUCAAAGUCUUUAGCUGAAUGUAUUAAACAAGAUGUUGAUGAUACAACUUAUAAUGAACUUACUAUUAGACAUUAUGAUGGAGUAGUGCAUAUCACAUUAACUCCAGUUUCAACCACUAUGAAAAAUGCUUUGAAUAUUUCUGUAAUGGAAGAACUGAUUAAUGAAUUGAAUAUUUUAGAAAAUGAUGAUUCUUGCAAAGUAGUUUUGAUAUCGUCAGCUGGAAGAAUAUUUUGUCAAGGUCUUGACAUAGCACCACUUAUCAAUGAUGAUCCGCAAAUAUGUCAUGACAUAGCAGUUAAAAUGGCAUCAACUAUUAAGAAAUUUAUUACAUGCCUUGGUGAUUUCCCUAAAUUACUUGUUGCUGGAGUAGAUGGUGCUGCAGUUGGACUUGGUGCUACUAUGUUGGUUCAUUUUGACCUAGUUUUUGCCAGUGACAAAGCAACAUUUGAAACCCCUUAUGCUCAGCUAGGUCACAUUGCAGAAGGUGCAGCUACAACUAUUUUGGGUAGAUUAUUAGUUGCUGAAAUGAUAAUGGGUAGCCAAAGAUUGACAGCAGGUCAAGCCCAUUACUAUGGUUUAGUUACUAGGACACUUUGGCCUGAUCGAUUUCAUGAUGAGCUUAUACCAUUAGUUAAAGCAUUAGCUAGACAAUCAUUACAAGCUAUGAAAACUUCAAAAGCCCUCCAAAAACAAGAAACCAAAGAUAAACUUUCUAAAGCUUUAGAUACAGAAACACAAAUUUUAAUACAACAAUGGAUUGGAGAAGAAUGUCAACUCAGUUUACAAAGAUAUCUAAAAGAUGCUGUAGAUAAUCUAAAUACAUAAUAAUUUUAUUAUAUUGACUUUUUUUUUAGUUAUAUACUACCUUGUUUUCACUUAACAAGGCUUAAGUAUAAAAUAUUUAUGUUAAUUAUUAUUGUUCUUAUCAAAACAAAAACCAUUUUUAUUGUUUAACUAAAUUUAAAAUAUUGGUGGUUAAUAUUUUGAUAUUUUUAAAGUCAUGCAUAAUAGUUACAAUAUAUAGUAAUUAAACUUAAUUUUAUUAAAAUAAUAAAAACUAACAAGGAUUACUUCAAUAUUUAAUUAAGCCAAUUAUUAAAAUAAGUUAAUUACCUAAAUGUUAGCUCUGCUAUAGCACUGUUAAUUUUGUUGUUAAGUAUAUUUGACAAGUUACUAUAUAAUUAUAAAUAUUUUUAAAGAUUUUAUUUUCUGCUUAUUUAAAAAGAAUGUAGUAUCGUAAAAUACAUUUCUAAUUUCAUCUUUUCAUUUUUAUUAAUACUAUUUUUGUUUAACAUUUUUAUAUUGCUAUUUUUGUUGAUAUUUUGUGUAUUUGUAUGGAAAUAGAUAUAAACUUUAAUAAUCAAUUAGUUGUGAUAAUGAAAGUAAUUAUGUUUUAAUGUUCUGUAUUUGUUUUUCAUUAACAUUAAUUUAUUAUGAAAAUUUUAAUUACUUUAGUUGAUAUAUCUUUUCAUAAAAUUUAUUUUUUGUUAUAAAAAAUUAAACUAAAAAUAAAAAAAUACUUGAAAUAAAAAAUUAAUAACUCAUUACCAUACAUCAUGUUUAUUGGAUAUUGAUAUUUAUUUUUAAUUUGAAUUUUGUUCUCAUUAUUUUAUUAAUUAUCCUUUUAUAUUUUUCUUUGAUGAUUGUUUUUUAUCAACUAUGUUGACUUUUAAUACAAAAUAAUAAAUAAUAUUUCUUUAUUUUCAUCAAUAUAAACAAAUCUAUAAUAAUUUAACUUCGUACUAUUUGCCACUACAAACUGUUGUACAUAGAAAUUAUUUAAGUUUAGUUUGAUUAUACACUGAAAUAAACAAUAUAAAUUUUUUUAGUGAUAAUAAUGAAUCUUUUAAUUUUCACUAUGUAGUUAUGAGUAGUAGUAGCACACAUUAAUAGUAUGCACCAAAUAUUUAAAUUUAAUUAAAUUAUUUUUAUAACUAAUGUUUUGUAUAUCUUAUUAUAUUUAUAUAUUAUAGGAUACAUGAAAAUUGUAUUUAGUGAAGGAUCAUUGAUGUUUAACUUUUAUAAUUUAGAUUGGGACGGUUUUGUAAUUACUUAAGUUUUUAAUUUUUUUUUUCAUUUAUGUGUUUUUUAUGUCUUGAGAUGCAAUAUGGAUUAAUAUAUAUAUAUAUAAUUAUAUAUACAAUUAUUAAAUAAU